UCUUUUUCCUUUGCUAGGGUUUACAUUCUCAUUUCCCUGGCCACCACCACGCCCUCAAGAAUCAAUCUUUCUUCCCAUGGGAUGUUUAUGAUUUGAAACGCCAAACCAAAUCAACCCCGAUCAAUCCAAAACGUAGUUUUCGUCCUCGUCGCCGGCGCCAUCCCAUGGGAAGCUGCAUAUCGACACCGUCGAGGCUAGUAGGCGUAGUAUCCAAGAAAUCUUAUUACAACACAUCCAAAACGAAACGCAAGCUGCAUGCGAGUUUCGACCACGAGGCGGCACGUAAAUCGAUGAACCUACGCGUGACUAACGGUAAGGUUUUGAAGGAUUCGUCGGGGGACAACAUCUUGGAGCGAUACGAGUUGGGAAAAGAGUUAGGGAGAGGUGAGUUUGGGGUCACGCAUCAAUGUUUUGACCUGGUAACCGGGGAAGCUUACGCGUGUAAGAAGAUAUCCAAGGCAAAGCUGAGGUCGGAGAUCGACGUGGAAGAUGUGAGGAGGGAGGUUGAGAUCAUGAGGCAUUUGCCUAAGCAUCCCAAUAUUGUUACCUUUAGGGAAGCCUUCGAGGAUAAAGAAGCUGUUUAUCUUGUUAUGGAGCUUUGCCAUGGAGGUGAACUUUUUGAUAGGAUCGUUGCUAAAGGUCAUUAUACGGAACGAGCUGCUGCCACCGCUAUCAAGACCAUUUUGGAGAUUGUCAAGGUGUGCCAUGAACAUGGAGUGAUACAUAGGGAUUUAAAACCUGAGAAUUUCUUGUUGGCAGAUGAAAGUGAAACUGCACCAAUAAAAGCAAUUGAUUUUGGCCUCUCCAUAUUCUACGAACCUGGUCAGCGUUUCAGUGACAUUGUUGGAAGUCCUUACUACAUGGCUCCAGAGGUCCUAAGACGCAAUUAUGGCAAGGAAGUUGAUAUAUGGAGUAUAGGUGUUAUCCUGUACAUCUUGCUUUGUGGCGUUCCUCCUUUCUGGGCAGACACUGAGGAAGGAAUUGCACAUGCAAUUAUAAAAGGUGACAUAGACUUUGAAAGGGAUCCUUGGCCUAAGGUUUCUGAAGAAGCAAAGGAUCUUGUGAGGAGCAUGCUUGAUCCAAAUCCUUACAGUCGGAUGACGGUUCAGGAGGUCUUUGAACAUCCUUGGAUACAAAACUUGGAACACGCUCCAAAUGUUAAUCUGGGAGAAAAUGUGAGAACAAGGAUUAAGCAGUUCUCCUUUAUGAGCAAGUUCAAGAAGAAAGUUCUUAGGGUGGUAGCGGGCAACUUGCCAAAUGAGCAAACCGAUGCAAUUGUACAGAUAUUCCGCAUGAUGGACACUGACGAAAAUGGACACUUGUCAUUCGAGGAGCUGAGAGAUGGCCUUCAAAAAAUUGGACAUUGUGUUGCUGACCCUGAUGUGCAGAUGUUGAUGGAUGCAGCGGACAUUGAUGGAAAUGGUACACUUAGCUGCGAGGAGUUUGUGACAAUGGCCGUUCACCUGAAAAGGAUGAGCAACGACGAGCAUCUCUCUCAAGCUUUCCAUCACUUCGACAAGAACCAAAGCGGUUACAUCGAAUUUGAAGAGUUGCAAGAAGCCUUGUUGCAUGACGACCUUGGUCCCAACAAUGAACAGGUGAUCAGAGACAUCAUCCACGAUGUCGACUUGGAUAAGGAUGGUCGAAUCAGUUAUGAAGAGUUUAAGGCAAUGAUGCUGACAGGCAUGGACUGGAAAAUGGCGUCUCGCCAAUAUUCUAGAGCAUUGCUAAAUGCAGUGAGCAUCAAAAUAUUGAAACAAUCUGGGCAACUAAGAUGAACAAUUUUUUCCAGCUACAUAUGGUAACUCAAUUUGAGAGCUUACUACAAAAUUUUUCUUCCCACAAACAGAAAGAUGAUAUCUAUAUACACAUUGCAAUGGGAAGUCCAAUUCAUGUAAGCUUUUUUUUAUAGAAAGGAUAUUUGUCUGCAUAGUUAUAUAGAGUUACUCCCCUAAGAUAUACAUAAGAUUACAAGCUCCAGAUGUUAAUGAAGGAAGGUUUUGUUUUGGUACUCGUAUCGUUAGAUGAAGCUAAGUACUGAAUCUUUCCCAUUGACAAAUAUGUUCAUCUGUAAAUUGCCUGAGGGCAGCUUUUUUUUGAAUCUAAAACAACAGAUCAUGAUGCACUUGAUUUGGAUCCUCAAA